UUAAAUGCAUCGGACCCGUUUUUACAGAAACUACUGCAUCUUCUUCGAGUGGAGAAGAAGACUUCACAGUAUUCUUGAUGGAGCUCUUGAUCAAGUUGUUGUUGCUCGUUCUCACUGCCCUGAAAACCACACAAGGAAGUGAUUCCUGCAACGAAGUGAAGCAUGGACAUGGUCACCCUUAUCUGCACGAAGCGAGCAGCUUCUCGCAGGCAGAAGAGGAGGGAUUCGACUACAUAAUUGUUGGCGGCGGCACCAGCGGGUGCCCCUUGGCGGCCACCCUCUCGCGGAACUACAGCGUGCUGGUGCUGGAGCGGGGCGGUUCCCCGUACGGCAACCCCAACAUCUCUCACAUGCAGAACUUCCACAUCGGCCUCUCGGACACCUCCCCUUCUGCUCCGUCUCAGCCCUUCAUUUCCACCGACGGCGUCAUCAACACUCGGGCGCGGGUGCUGGGCGGCGGCACCUGCAUCAACGCCGGCUUCUACACCAGAGCCAGUCAACGCUACGUGAAGACAGUGGGGUGGGACGCGAAGCUGGUGAACGAGUCGUACCCGUGGGUGGAGCAGAGGAUCGUCCACUGGCCGGAGGUCGCGCCGUGGCAGGCGGCGCUCCGAGACGGCCUGCUCGAGGCCGGCGUUGCGCCAUUCAAUGGCUACACCUACAACCACCUCUACGGCACCAAGAUCGGCGGCAUCAUCUUCGACAAGGACGGUUUCCGCCACACCGCUGCCGACCUCCUCGCCGCCGGGAACAACGACAACCUCAAGGUCCUCCUCCACGCCACCGUCGAGAGGAUCAUCUUCGAACGAAGGGGGCGGCGGCGGCGGCCGACGGCGGUGGGCGUCGAGUUCAAGGACAAUUCCGGCAAGCGCCACCGGGCUCUCCUCAACGGAGGGAGACAGAGCGAGGUCAUUCUGUCGGCGGGGGCCAUCGGCAGCCCGCAGUUGUUGCAGCUGAGCGGGGUCGGGCCGAGGAAGGAACUCAAGAAGCUCGGUAUUCCGGUAGUGAUCGACAACCUGCACGUCGGGAAAGGGAUGGCUGACAACCCGCUCAACUCUAUCUUCAUGCCGACGAAGAAGCCAGUGCGGCAGUCGCUGAUCCAGACUGUCGGCAUCACCCACCCCGGCGUCUUCAUCGAGGCCAGCAGCGGCUUCAGCCAGUCGCCGAACAGCAUCAAGUGCCACCACGGCAUCAUGUCGGCUGAGAUUGGGCAGCUCUCGACGAUUCCACCAGGACAGAGGAGCCUCGAGGCGGUGCAAAAGUACAAGAGAGAGAUAAAGAAAAACCUGCCGAAGGAGGCGUUUCAGGGCGGCUUCAUACUGGAGAAGAUCAGCGGGCCGCUUUCUCAUGGAGGCCUUCGCCUCGUCAACGGCGACGUCCACACGCCCCCGGUCGUAACCUUCAACUACUUCAGCCAUCCGGAGGACCUCCAGCGGUGUGUGUACGGGGUGCGCAGCAUCGAACGGGUGGUGCAAACCAAGCGCUUCGCCGACCUCACCGUCAACGACGCCUACACGAUGGAGGCGCUGCUGAACAUGAGCGUGCAGGCGAACGUGAACCUGAUCCCCAAGCACACCAACGACACUGCCUCCGUGGAGCAGUUCUGCAGGGAUACCGUGACCACCAUUUGGCACUACCACGGCGGCUGUCACAUCGGGAAGGUAGUCGACGGAGAGUACAGGGUGAUUGGUGCCGCUAGGCUCCGGGUGGUGGACGGUUCCACGUUUAACAAGUCGCCCGGGACGAACCCACAGGCCACCGUCAUGAUGAUGGGAAGAUACAUGGGAGUGAAGAUACUGAGGAAGAGACUGGGAAGAGCAGCAGGUGUUUAAGUGAUUGCCGUUCAGUGUGUACCUCGUAGAGAAGAACGUUGAUUUGGUGAUUAUAUUUUGGGAAUUGGAAUUGCUGUGAGAAACUUUAUAAAGAAAGAAAUAUCUAGAAAGAGUUUAUUAAGAAAUAUAUGUUAACUAUUUGUGUUACUCAAUUCAACGAAUCUAAAAGUUUGUCCUAUUUCUUCUUGUA